AUGUUGUCCCUUAUCUGGACUGUCUUUUUCGUGCAUGUGGCCAUUUAUUUGGUAAACACCAUUGGUGCAAGCACAAUCGACAACCUGCUAUGGAUUCUCUACGUGAAACUCCCUACUCCGACGUCGAAGAAAGCGCGCGAACAGAACCGCCUGAAACGCGAAGCUCUCCAGCUGAAGCGGGAAAUGAACAACACCAGCUCCCAGGAUGAAUUUGCAAAGUGGGCCAAGCUGCGAAGACGACACGACAAGACCAUGGAGGAGUACGAGGAAAUGAACAAGGCCCUGUCGGCACAAAAGUCCUCCUUCGAAUGGAGCGUCAAAAUCGCACGAUGGCUGAGCACGAACGGACUGAAAAUCUUCCUGCAAUUCUGGUACUCGAAAACCCCCGUGUUUGCCCUUCCGGAGGCCUGGGUGCCCUACUACAUCGCAUGGAUCUUGUCGUUCCCGAGAGCGCCAAUGGGCUCGGUCAGCAUCCAGGUCUGGAGCAACGUGUGCGCAACGGCGAUUUCGGCGUUGGCAGAGAUUGUCACAAUCGUGGGACAGGCGGCGGUUGGGAAAGCACGUCCUGCUCCAGCAGCGACGGCUCAGAAGACGAAAUGA